GCGCUAAAUACAUCAGAACUGCAUGUCAUUUUUACUUGUAGACGUCGACUGUAUUGGAGUACACAGCAGAGGGCCGAACACUUCCCACGUAGACGUCGACGACGGUCGGCGUCAGUCGUUGGGCAGGCCACCGCCGACACUGUCACCAACAUGGCAAUUGCGAUGUUGAUGGAAAGAGUCCGGAUGCACUUCCACAGCUACAAGCGUGGUUUCAACGUCACAAGAUAGUGCGCCAGGAAUGAAGCGAGAAACUAGCGAAAUGGCCACUGUCCGGAAUGUCGACGAUCUGCGUUCUUUUCUAUUCUCUUCUACAUCUCUCAAAGCUCUGCAGGACGGGUUGGAGAUAAAUGGGAAUUGGACAGCAUCAACUAUUGUUGGAUGGCUGCAAGAGGAGAUACAGUCUUCAACAGACGGAUCGUACAGAAAACGUUGCACAAAGUGCCUAAAUGCGCUCGUGAAGAAGUACCGCAUCUUCCCGUCCUCGUUCUUCUGUGACAAUGUCAGAAGGGAUGGAGAUUAUCCGCUGGGGGGUGGUGGAUUUGCUGACAUAUAUAAAGGUGUCGCAGACAAUCGUUCGGUCUCUUUGAAGGUCCUUCGAGUUCAUACGCAGCCUGACGAAAAGAAAAGAAAGAAAAUGGUGGAGGAUUUUUAUCGGGAAGCACUGAUAUGGACUCAGCUUAGCCAUCCAAAUGUCCUUCAGUUACUCGGCGUAAACACCACAUUGUUCAAAACCGACUUUUGUCUUGUAUCGCCUUGGAUGGUUAAUAGUGAUAUUAUCACUUUCUUGGAGAGGCGGCCUGAUCAUGACAGGCUACGAUCGAUACGAGACAUAGCAGCCGGUUUAGAUUAUCUUCAUUCCCGGUCUCCGAUGAUUGUACAUGGCGAUAUAAAAGGGGCUAACAUUCUCGUCGAUGAGGACUGUAACUGUCGAUUGGCGGAUUUUGGUCUAUCAAGGGAAGCACAUGGGACAACGAUGGUCGAAACCUCCACGGGGGGCAUAAAAGGUUCUCUGCGAUGGAUGGCGCUAGAAAUGUUCCAACCAUCCACUACGAGAGAUUCAAAUGAGGACCGGUCUCCUAGAGAUAUUUACGCCUAUGCAUGUACGAUCGUUGAGAUCAUGACAGGAAAGCCGCCGUUUCCAGACCUUCUUGACGUCGCUGUGAUUACACAAGUACUGCUCAAUCGUGCAAGACCGGAACGGCCGACUGGAGUAUGGUGUCCUGAUAAUGUCUGGGAGUUGGUCGAGGGAUGUUGGGACCAAGAGUGGCCGAAACGACCAACAGCGACUUACGUCCAUCAUUACCUGACAGGAUUGACGAAGACGGAUAUAUCUCUUGGUGCUGAUUCGUCUUCGGCCCUUGCUUCUCACCUUGAGACACCGAUCCAGAUUAUGCUACCUGCUCUAGAGCAGACGAGUUAUGGAGGUGUGGUUACUUUCAAUCCCCCACAUGCGCAGUCUAUUCACGAUGACCCUUCUCCCGACGGCUAUACGGAUGGCAAUUUCUCUCAAAAUAACGCUCAUUCUAAACUAGAGUCAAGGGCAAGAAGCAAAUCCUUCACUUCUUACUUGACUAAGCUGGUUCCCAGCACCACAUCUUCCUCGCCUCCCCGGAACAAUGGCGCCUCACAUUUGGAGCAAUCCUCUUCACCUGAGAUUGCCCUCGUAACUCCAAGUCCAGACAGGAGACCGGGCCUCAGAUCAGGAGCGAAAUCCAUUCAUAACUACUUCACGAACCUCGUACCGGCAUCAAGGCAGCGAUAUUCCACGCCCGUUGCGAUCGCUAAGUCUUUUGAUGAUCCUUUCGAAAAUGUCCUCAAACCUCCUCCCCACGAAACUCCGAAACAAGCCGCUGAACGCGUUGCGCGGGAAGCUGAAGCCAAGAGGGUGAGCGAUGCGAUCGAUGCAGAGCUCAAGAAAGAAAAGAAAAAAGCACGCGAAGAGCGCAAAGGGGUCAAAGGGCUGUUAUUGGUGGGACAGGCUGGUAGCGGUAAGUUAAGUGGUGGACUGAACUCUUCCUUAUUUCGAUGCUUGACUUUGCCAGGUAAGACCACAGUCUUGAAAAACUUGGUGGCGCGCUACGAUUCCGCUACUUGGGAUAAGGAGAGGAGUAUCUGGUACACGGUUAUACAACUCAACAUCAUGAGUCUGUUACUCGACAUCAUUGAGUUGAUCUAUAAAGACCUUCAAGUACAGUCAAAGGAGGACUAUGAUGAAGAUCGUUUAACGACGUCCGGUUUCACCUCUCGUCAUGGCUUUUUGAUAGAACCCCUGGAGCCCCUUCGCCGACUGAUCACAGUCUCUACGCUUCGGCGCGCGCUCGAGAAACAUGUCAGGUCAAACCAUAUCCGGUUCAGCCGACUCGGAGUGUCGACUCCUGUAUCCCAUCCAGGACCCCGUGAUGUUUCUGUGGAACGUUACAUCAUCGAUAACGCAUUCAACGUUAUUGUUGCGAACAAAGACAGCGUCAAAGCUUUGUGGGCAGAUGAGAGUGUUCAGAAUGCUCUCAAACGACGAACGAUUCGGCACCUUGGUUCUACAGAAUUUUAUUUCGAGCAUUUAGAUCGCGUCGCAUCGUCCGAUUAUUACCCAACUGACGAGGAUAUCGCCUACGCGUAUUUACCGACUAGUGGAUAUCAGGACAUCAAACUUACGAUAAACAGCGAAUCUGUUCUCCAGAUAGCCAAUAUUGGAGGAAGUCGAGGGCAGCGUUCCGUAUUGGCCCAGGCCUUAAUGGAAGGGGAAUACAAUACGAUCAUUUUCCUCUGCCCAAUAUCCGCUUUCGAUGAGGUUCUGGAAGAAGAUCACGCCAUUAAUCGUUUGGAAGACUCGAUUCUCUUGUGGCGCGCAAUCUGCUCUAAUAAGCUGGUGUCGGCCAGGCGAUUCAUUCUCUUCCUGAACAAGUGCGACCUGCUGGAGCAAAAAUUGAAAUCAGGUGUUUCGAUCAAGAAAUACAUACCGUCCUACGCAGAUCGUCCUAACGAAAGUUCAGAAUUCGUGAAUUAUGUUUCUCGACAUAUGAGGUCAAUUUACAAGCACUUCAGCCCACUGGAACGCAAUCGCACCCUUCAUGUGUUCACAACAACGGCCACAGAUAUCGAAGCUCUUGAACGGACAUUGAAAGAUACAAUACCAGUUUAGACGUAGCUAACACGAUGCAUGUCGUUUUUCUUUACCAUACAUACAACCAAAUGUCCAACUCAGAAAACCUCUCGUCGGUCCCAAAUAGGAUUAUUCUUCGCUU